UGGAUUGUGAAGGCGCGCGCGUGCACGUUUUCGCGUUUUGCUCGCUCGUGUCCGCUCACCAUACACGCUGCCUGGGGUCCCCAGCGUAACAUUUAGGCCAGCUAUAAACCGAUACCAGAACGUUUUUCCACUCAGUCAUACUACCAACUGCCGAAGCGAACUGAUCUCUCUUCCCCCCGAUUUGUGAACAACCGGAAGUGUGUGCGGAUUGUGUCGUUUUCAAACGGUGCGAUUUUUUUCUGUGUUGGAUCGCGGUUCUCUGGAUUUUUUUUCGGUGCAGCCGAAUUUAGAACGUUGCUAGUUUGGUGUUAAAUAUAAGAAUGUCCGUGUUGCGAACACUGGCGCUGUUGGCCAUCGGAGCGACGGUGGUGCUGGCCCAACGACGACUUGCCCUGCCCGAUCCCCGCAGCUGUGCUAACCGUGUGCGGCACGCAACCUACCGGGAUGCCCGCGGUGUAGCACACUCGUACUUCUUCAGCUGGGAGCACGCCCCCACCCGCAGUCUGGAGGUGGACUGGCUCGAUGCCCGAAACAUCUGCCGCCGUCACUGCAUGGACGCCGUCUCGAUGGAGACGCCCCAGGAGAAUGAAUUCAUCAAGCAGCGCAUCGCUCGCGGAAAUGUGCGCUACAUCUGGACGUCCGGUCGCAAGUGCAACUUUGCCGGCUGUGACCGUCCCGAUUUGCAGCCCCCGAAUGAGAACGGCUGGUUCUGGUCCGGUUCCGGAGUCAAGAUUGGACCGACCACUCAGCGCAACACCGGAGACUGGAGCUACACCGGCGGAUACGGACAGCAGCAGCCGGACAACCGAGAAGCGGCCCAGGGUAACGACGAAUCUUGCCUGUCGAUUCUGAACAACUUCUACAAUGAUGGACUCAAGUGGCACGACGUUGCCUGUCACCACCUGAAGCCGUUCGUGUGCGAAGAUUCCGAUGAACUGUUGAACUUCGUACGUUCCCGCAAUCCUGGCAUUCGUCUGUAAGCUAUCACAAUGGAAAACCAAAAUUUGGUCGUUCGUGAUAAAAGAAAUGAACAUUUCCAAGCUGUUUAUGACUCACACCUAGAUAAACGAACCAACAACAACUACAAAAAACAUUUAGCUUUACAGUCCAAAUAUUCGAAAAUUUGGAAGCAAUUGUUUUGUCCCCAGAAGGUAGAUUAUUGAAAAUAAAAAAUACAAAACCCCCCCCGUAAGCCAUUUGGAAGAAGCCAAAACGGCGCCACCCAGUGAACAAAUAACUUCGAGAUUCGAAACCAACAAAAAAUUUGUAUGUUAUGCUUAUUGUGUUUUAUUAUUUAUUGAUCUGUAGUUAUGUUUUUAUCGUAAUCGAACAACAAAAACAAAAGCAAAAAAAAAUAAAUGGCCAACUCAUGACUUUUUUCUCUGUACAAAAAUAUUGUAACAAUCGUCGCUUGAAGCUUUUGAAAAACAGAAAAAAUAGAAAUGAAAUUCGAUGCAGCUGUAUGCAUAUAGUCGAAAUUGGACGCCAUCAUAAAAACAACUGUUUUUGAGAAACUGAAAAUUCUUCGGAAAACUAGUCCAUGGGUAUCAAUUUUUAUCUAUGGAAAGAAAUCAUUGUAAAUUCAUGAGUAAAAAUUGGUACUCCUGUUCUUACACAAAAAAAAAAAGAAUCAAUCGAAACGCAUUGCAAAAUACAGCCCAAAUUGAUUAAGUGUCAGUGAAUAAGGUAUUCUGUACAUUUGUAAGUUUUUGUUUUCUUUUUUGGAAAAUAAAAAGUACUAUAUACUA